AUGAUGCUCGCAGAUGAAUUAAUUUUGGAAAUAGAUCAAUACCUCGAAUCCGAAAGCCUGAAGGUUUCUCGUCUUGUCUGUCGCCAAUGGUGCCGGGUUGCUACACCACUCUUAUUUCAACGAGCUGUUCUCUACUGCAGAGAAAGUUCGCAACGGUUUAAAGAAAUCCUCGGGCGAGCUCACCUUUCUCGACUGAUCAAGGUCAUAUCAUUUGAAUCGACAUAUGACGGCAAACUCGGCGAGCUUAACCUUAUUCCGUUGAUAGCGCAACCCGACAUGCUACGUAUACUUCCACUACCGACGCAUUGUGAUAUACACAAUCAUCAGACGAAAUACAUAACCAAAUUAGCUCGUUUGGACUCGACUGGUGAUCGAGCUUUGACCCCGAACUUAAAAGAAAUUCACAUCAGUACUCCCGGCAUACCAUACCUCGAAACUACAGUAUUCAGCAACCUUCGCCGAAUUCAUAUUGAUGCGGAGUCUGUUCAGCUGCCCGAAGAUUUUACGUUUCCUGUCUUAGAGACGUUUCACGUCACUUGUAACACUCUUGGUAUUGAAAUGAUGAUAGCUUUCCUCAAUCGCCACGGAAGGCUCCAGCAGUUGUACCUGACUCUACGGAUUACAUUAGGACCUUUGACAGAGGAAUUUCUCGAUUUGAUAAAGAACGAAUUGAGAACAAGUUCAAGCGAAAAACUUGUGGCCUCGAUCAUAAAAACCGCUAAAGAAGACGCCUGUGGCGAAUCGCGGCUCUUCUUAAAGAUUAUCCACAGACAGAUGACUAAAUGGCUCGAUGAAGAACUGGUGAAGGAAUUGAAUAAAAAAUUCGUUACGGUCUUUGGAUUGCUGAUAGGGCGACAGCGUGAGAUAUAUCGUGGUGCUUUGGAAGAAAUACGGAGUGCUGUUCAAAACCCUAACGCGGUUGAGAUGACUAUGGCGGUAGAUUAUCAGGAAGGCGAGCUCCCUAGAUUUGAGUCUUAA